GGCAAUGGAAAUAAUACCAUCCACAAUGCGCUCCGCACCCUGUUUGGUGACACUGAAAAUCACAACAAUGUCUUCUUCCCUUUUUCAAAUCUCCCUUGUUUUCUUCAUAACAAUCUUCUCUUCUCCCUUUGCCAAUGCCGCCAUUGAUUUGAAGUACCCAGCAGUGUUCAACUUCGGCGAUUCAAACUCCGACACCGGCAACCUUAUCGCCGCCGGGAUCGGCGACCCCCUCCUAUCCCCAAACGGACAAUCUUUCUUCCACCAACCGUCCGGGAGGUUCUGUGAUGGACGCCUCAUCACCGACUUUCUCAUGAAAGGUAUUGGGCAUGGGAUCCCAUUUCUGAACCCCUAUUUGGACUCCAUUGGAGGGCCAAGCUUCAAGAAGGGAUGCAACUUUGCAACUGCAGCUUCUACUAUACUUCCAACUCCCUCCUCUAUCAGCCCAUUUUCCUUGGGAGUUCAGGUUGCCCAGUUCCUAGAAUUCAAGGCUCGAGCUCUCGAUAUUUUAGCCAAAUCAAAGAAAAUGAAAAAAUAUGUGCCUCCCAAUGAUUUCUUUGAGAAAGGUCUAUACACAUUUGAUAUGGGGCAGAAUGAUCUUGCCAUUGCCUUUUAUUCCAAGACAUUAGAUCAAAUUCUUGCUUCAAUCCCUGCAAUUCUAAGGGGAUUUGAAGAUGGAAUUCAGGCAUUAUAUGAGGAAGGGGCAAGAAAUUUUUGGGUCCACAAUACAGGUCCUCUGGGAUGCCUAGCACAAAACGUUGCAAAAUUUGGGAGUGAUCCAUCAAAGGUGGAUGGGUUAGGAUGUGUGAGAGCACACAAUGAGGCUGCCAGUCUCUUCAACCUGCAGCUCCAUUCUCUUUGCAACAAGUUGCAAGCCCAAUAUUCAGAUGCAAAUAUAAUAUAUGUUGACAUCUUCACCAUCAAGUCUAAUCUCAUUGCCAAUUAUUCCACAAAUGGAUUUGAACAGCCAUUAAUGGCAUGCUGUGGGGUGGGUGGCCCUCCCUUGAACUAUGACAGCAGGGUAGCAUGUGGUCAGACAAAGGUUUUGAAUGGUACAACAGUCACAGCCACAGGGUGCAAUAACAGCAAUGCAUAUAUUAACUGGGAUGGAAUUCACUACACAGAAGCAGCAAAUCAGUAUGUUGCAGACCAAAUUAUGACAGGAAAAUACUCAGAUCCACCUUUGGCUGACAUGAUGACAUUCCCCCUUCAACUCAACGUCUAAUAUAAUCAUUGUUUCAUUUUCUCAUUUUCGGUUUACUAAUAAAAUUAAAGGAGUUCCAUAUAUGCUGCUUCAGAUGUAUGUCAGACAUCAAA